AUGGGUCUAUUCUCUCGCUCCUCUAAACGCAACAGCAAGAUCGUCAAGACCGCGCCGUCUGACGACCAGCCUCAGGCUGAGCCCCUCGAGGUGUCUAACAGCCAGCAGCCGGAGACGCCCGGGCCGAACGUCCCUGGCGGCCCCGGACCCGACAGCAAGUUCAAGAAUGUGAACAACGACGACGCGAUAAUGCACUCGUCGCCUACUGCCGCUUCCAGCCUUCCGCCUUCUCUCAGCGCUGCCAAUGGCUCGGCCUUCGCGUCUGGUGGCCAGCCCGCCGCCAACAAUAUCUCUCAACCUACGCCCGAGCCUGUGACGCAGACUCCGCGCUUCAUUGAACCCGCUCAACAAGGGGCUGCUCCUUCUGUGGCUACCGGUGCUAUUGCUGGAGCCGAGAUUGGAAACACGCCUUCUCCUACCGCAAACCCGCCCCUCGUCACCCAAUCUGGCAAUGUCGUCGAUGCGCCACCUCAGCACCCCGCUGUCACUGGCGCAGGCACGGGUGUCGGUGCCCCUAUCGACCGCCAGUCGCAGUCCUCUCCCCGCAUGAGCUCUUCAUUUAACCCCGCUGCCGCUGCCCCGGCCAUUGCCGCCGCUCGCAGUUCGCCUCCUGGCAGUGGCACCCAUUCGCCGGCUCAGCGGGCCGCAUCGCCGGCUUCGCUGAAUAUCCCUCCUCGCGGUCGUGCGCCGACUGAGGAUCGGAUCGUGUACCCCGGCGAUCCUGUUACCCCGCCCGCGGACCGUGAAGGCUACCAGUUAUCCGACCCCGGUGCUCAGCCAAAGCCGAUUUUGCGUAAUGCGUCUGUCCGCUCUCGUCGUUCUCAGCGCGGUACGGGCGACGGUGCCGGCCGGGCGAGCUCGAUUGCCAGCCGUGGCCGUGCGGCCAGUGUUCGCACUAGUAACACGACUGGUAGCACGUUCGGGAACGGAGCGGUCACGGUCCAGCCGUACGUCGACCCCGAUGUGGAGGACGAUGUUGCGCAGAGGCGCGCUCUGGCGGAGCAGAGCUUGACGAAGAAGGACUCGGCGCGGAUCGCUAAGGCUGAGUUGCGCCACAACCGCAAGCUGAGCAAGGUCAUCAAGUCCGAGGCUGUUGCAGAGGGAAAAGCGAUGGACGUCGCCCUGCGCGAGCUCGCCGACCUCCAACGUCUUCAGAAAGCCUCCAUCCGCGAUGAAGCCGUCGCGCACUCCGCACACACCAAGGCCCUCGCAGCAGAACACAAGGCGGAGCUCGCUCUCCUCGCCGCGCGUCGUGCGCACGAGACUGCGCUCGCUCACAGCCGUGCGGCCGGUGAGGCGCUCGAGUCGUCUAGGGCCCAUGCACGCGAGACGACGGAGAUGCUCAGGGAGAAGGCUGAGGAGGUUGAGACCCUACGCGUUAUGAAGGGCGCAGAUGAUAGGGAGCGCGCUGUGAGGGUUCGUGAGCUGAACGGCGGAAGCUCGGGUGGUGGUUUGAAGAGCCUAUUCGGUCGGUAA